AUGGAUCGAGCUAUACUCACCAGAACCAGCAGUGGUUAUAAGUCCCUCGACAGGGUCCCAUCCACUGAAGCAGCAGUGAAAAUGCCCGUCACUCGCCCCAACAAUCUUAAAUCUCGGGGGAAGCCCCCAACGUUCUUCCUGAUCUACCUUCUCUUCGUGUCAACUCUGGGCCCUCUUCAGUUUGGCUACCAUCUUGGAGAACUCAAUGCUCCGGAACAAGUCAUCCGAUGUGAAGUCAAGAAACUGCCCACCGACAAUGCGUCCCGGUCCAAGUUACCCCACUGUAUACGCAUGAAUUCAGGCCAAUGGGGUAUGAUACAGUCUCUUUUCACUAUUGGAGGUCUCCUCGGUGCCCUCCUUAUUGGCCGCGUGGCCACCAAAAACGGUCGACUCUUUGCCUUGAGACUGUUGACUUUUUUCCUCGCUACUGGACCAAUUGCAGAAGCUCUUGCUGGGAACAUAUGGGUGCUAGCAAUUGGAAGGGUAAUAUCCGGCCUUGGGGCGGGUGCAGCAACCGUUGUGUGUCCGAUUUACGUCUCUGAAAUUUCCCCACCAGACAAACGUGGUCUUUUUGGUGCUUUUACCCAGGUACAAAUCAAUGCUGGCAUAGCCAUCUCUCAGGUCCUUGGAUUCUUCCUCUCCAAGAACACAAAGUGGCGGUGGAUCCUUGCCACGGCAGGUUUUAUCGCCGCUUUCAACUUCUUCGGUCUUCUGUUCGCUCCUGAAACCCCAACAUGGCUUGCUGCGAACAACCAGCCUCGAAAUGCAAGGACAACCCUUCAACGCAUCCGUGGUGCUGGCAUUGACAUCCGCAAUGAAAUCGACCACUGGGAAAUAUCUGGAGAUACCGAGCAGCAGAGUCUACUUCACCCAUCAGCUGGAACGCAAAAUCCUCCAGAACCAACCAAAUCAUUUUUUGAUGUAAUCCGGAUUCCAAAGUACCGAAGAGCUGUUUUUGCUGUUAGUGCAGCAAUGAUAGCCCAGCAGCUUACCGGUAUCAACAGUGUGGUCAUGUACAGCGUCUCGAUCUUAGGAGAAGUUAUGCCCAAAAAGGCUGCACUCGUUACAAUUAUUGUCUCCGCAGCCAAUGUUCUAGUCACUCUGAUCUUCUCUCCGCUAGCUGACAAGAUUGGACGCAAGAAGUGUCUCUUGAGCUCAAUUGUUGGAAUGGGGUCUGCUUCAAUCAUGCUCGCUGAGGGACUUGCCCAGGAUAAGCGAGUUCUUACCAUCGUUGGUGUUGCGCUUUUUGUCUGCAGCUUCGGCUUUGGGCUUGGUCCCAUCCCUUUCAUUCUGCCGAGCGAGCUUGUCGGUCCCGAAGCUGUUGGUGCGGCAUCUAGCUGGGCCCUUGCCUUGAAUUGGCUCUCAACCUUCCUGGUCGCCCAACUGGUCCCGAUUCUUAACACCAAAUUGCCUUCUGGCAAGCUGUACUUUAUUUUCGCUGGCAUCGCAGGGUUCUUCACCCUGCUGAUCUCAGAUAUCGUUCCAGAAAGCAAAGGGAAACUCAGCGCAGAAGCAGUCUGGGCUGAACAUGAUCGUGGCUGUCGAUACUGUCGAAUAUGCCAGCUGUGCUGUCUCCCAUGCCGCUUGGCUUUCUGUGGUCGCAAUCGGCGCUGA